AGUUAUUAAGCCUAAUUUUGAAAAAACGUUCAUUUCCGAGAGCAUCUUCAUGUCCCACUGAUCACUGAUCUCUCUCUCUCUCUCUCUCUCUCUCUCUCUCUCUCUUCUCCACCCCUUUUCUCUCCCCUCCUCUCUCUCUCUCUCUCUCUCUCUCUCUCGAUCUCGAUCUCGAUCUCUCGAUCUUACCCAUUCUGCUAUAUUCUUUUCUUGCAAUUUGGGGUGCGUGGAUCGGUCGCAGAUGCCACAUUCGAAGCGGAAUCGAAGCGACGGCGGCGGCGGCGGCGGCGGCGACGGCUGCCGCAGCAUCGUUCUGCCGCGCAGACUGCUACUAUCCAUCUUCAUUGUCUCGCCCUUCCUCUUCUUGCUAGCCCGCGGCGGCGUUCACUCCCAAAUCUCCAAAGAUAGUGAGGCGGAAAGAGACUUUGCAACCAAUCAGACAACAAAUUGGAGAGAGCGGUUGGCUGUUCAAAACUUGAAAUCGGUUCUAACUAAAGAGGUGACUGACUCUAUAUCUAUUAGUCGAUCUCAAUUGGAUCUGUGGAGUUUUGAUAUUUUGGGAAGACACCAUGCCUCAUCAUCAUGGAAAACCAGUGGCCUGAAUGAUACUGAACAGGACAUUACAUCAUUAAAAGACCCACUUCAGACAGGUUCAAGUGCUGAUUGGAAUAGUAUCCAGUUCAAAGCAGAAAAUCCAAUUGGUGGCGAAUUAGCUGCAACAGAGGAGGAGGCUAAUGGGGCGGAUGGGAAUCUGCUUACUGACACACCAACAAAAGUAUUUCGCAGGGUUUCUCGUUUCCUUCUUUCCCAUCAUUCGGCAAUGAGAAAGCCGAGAGAGUUAAGGCAAGAAAAGAGGGCGAUGGAGUUGGUUCAGCAGGAUGAGGAGGCAUUGGUCAAACUUGAGAAUGCCGCCAUCGAGCGAUCAAAAGCAGUGGAUUCAGCUGUCCUAGGAAAGUAUAGCAUAUGGAGACGAGACAACGAGAAUGAGAACACAGACAUAAAAGUUAGAUUUAUGCGAGACCAAAUUAUCAUGGCGAGGGUCUUUUCUGUUAUUGCCAAGUCAAAGAACAAGCUUGAUCUUUAUCAAGAAUUGCUGAAUCGUAUCAAGGAAAGCCAGCGUGCAGUCGGGGAGGCUAAUGCCGAUUCUGACUUACAUCACAGCUCCCCUGAUAAAACCAAAGCGAUGGGUCAAGUUUUGUCUAAAGCACGUCAAGAGCUGUAUGAUUGCAAGGUAAUAACCCAAAGACUGCGAGGAAUGCUUCAGUCAGCAGAUGAACAAGUUAGAAGCUUGAAGAAACAGAGCACUUUCUUGAGCCAAUUGGCUGCGAAGACUAUACCCAAUGGGAUCCACUGCUUAUCUAUGCGGUUAACAAUAGACUACUACCUCCUCCCUCCUGAGCAAAGGAAGUUUCCGAGGAGUGAGAAUUUGGAAAAUCCGAACCUUUACCAUUAUGCACUCUUCUCUGACAAUGUCUUGGCUGCAUCAGUUGUCGUCAACUCAACCAUCAUGAAUGCCAUGGAGCCAGAGAAGCAUGUAUUCCAUCUCGUCACUGAUAAAUUGAACUUUGGAGCCAUGAACAUGUGGUUCCUCUUGAACCCACCUGGGAAGGCGACAAUUCAUGUUGAAAAUGUAGAUGAUUUCAAAUGGUUGAAUUCUUCCUACUGUCCGGUUCUGCGACAACUCGAGUCUGCUGCUAUGAAAGAAUAUUAUUUUACAUCUGAUCACCGCUCAACUCUGUCUGCCGGUUCAUCCAACCUUAAGUACAGAAACCCUAAAUACCUUUCCAUGCUGAACCAUUUAAGGUUCUAUCUCCCACAGGUUUAUCCCAAGUUAGACAAAAUCCUGUUCCUCGAUGAUGACAUAGUUGUCCAGAAGGAUUUAACAGCACUGUGGUCCGUUGAUCUCAAUGGAAAUGUCAACGGAGCCGUGGAGACAUGUGGUGAGAGUUUCCACCGCUUUGACAAAUAUCUCAAUUUCUCAAACCCGCACAUCGCUCAAAACUUUGAUCCUAAUGCAUGCGGUUGGGCCUAUGGGAUGAAUAUUUUCGAUUUGAAGGCGUGGAAGAAGAAGGAUAUUACUGGGAUUUAUCACAGGUGGCAGAACAUGAAUGAAGACCGGGUUCUCUGGAAACUGGGAACACUUCCGCCGGGCCUACUAACAUUUUAUAAGUUAACUCACCCGCUCGUCAAAUCAUGGCAUGUGCUCGGUUUGGGUUACAGUCCUAGCAUUGACCGCUCGGAGAUAGAGAAUGCUGCUGUGAUCCACUACAACGGGAACAUGAAGCCUUGGUUGGAUCUGGCGAUGACCAAGUACCGGUCGUACUGGACCAAGUACAUCAAGUACGAUCACCCUUACAUUCGCGGCUGCAAGCUGACUGAAUAACUCUGACAACUCUGACUAACCGGUGACCUCCGCGCAAGAUUAAGUUUUGAUCCUCUGGGUUGGAAAUCAAUGCGAAGCUGAUGAAACAGAGUUCUUGUUAUUGGUAGAUAUCGUCCUUUGUUUCCCUCAUUGAAAGAAUUUUACUUUCUCUGAGCACUGUUGUUAAAACCUUUAUGAGAUGUAGUAUGCUAUUUGGAAUAUAAAGUAAAUAAUUUAAUUUCGUUUCUUGUCCCUCAA